AUGGACGUGGAAAACCUCAAACCGGCCGAUUCGGCCUCAGUCGACCAGAGCGUGCAGGAUGCGCGCGAUCUCGCCACCAUGGGGCACGACCAGGCCCUGACCCGCAAAUUCGAUUUGUGGAGUAUGCUCGCGCUGGCGUUUUGCGUAUUAGGAACGUACUCGACUUUCGCGCAGGGCCUCAGCAGCGGGCUCACCAACGGCGGCCCCAUCACCAUCCUCUGGGGCCUGGUGCUCGUGACGGCGUGUAAUCUCUGCGUUGCUGUCUCGCUGGGCGAAUUGACGAGUAGCAUGCCGACGGCGCUGGGGCAAGCGUACUGGGUGUACAGGCUGUGGCAUACGCCGACGGGGCGGUUCGUGUCGUACCUGUGUGCGUGGAUCAACACGUUUGGGUGGUGGACGCUCACGGCGUCGCAGAUUGCGUUUAUGACGGAGUUCCUGCUGGGGAUGAAAGUCAUGUUUGAGGAGAAUUGGGGUGGUGCGGGAGUCGGCUGGCUGCAGUUUGUGAUUUAUCUCGGCCUGGUGUUGGUGCUGACGGUCGUGAAUGUGGUGGGGUGUCGACGGGAGAAGAUCCUGCCGUGGUUGAAUGGGUUUGUGGGGGUUUGGUUUACUGGGUUGUUUGUGGUGCUGUCGCUUGCGCUGUUGAUUUCGGUUGGGACCAAGGCAGAACUGUCGUUUCAGCCGGGGAGGUUUGUGUUCGGGACGUGGAUUAACCAGACGGGGUGGAGUGAUGGGGUCGUGUGGUUUACUGGGUUGGUGCAGGCGGCGUAUGGGCUUACUGCGUUCGACGCGGUUAUCCAUAUGGUCGAGGAGAUGCCGGCGCCGAGGAUCAACGCGCCGAGGGUGACGUAUCUGGCGGUGCUGUCGGGUGCUGUCACUGGGUUUAUCUUCAUGGUCGUCUGUCUGUUCUGCAUGCAGGAUGUGGAUAGGAUUGUUGACUCGCCCAGUGGAUUGCCGUUCAUCGAGCUGAUGCUGGAGACGGUCGGCCUCAAGGGCGGGGCCACGCUGAUCGCGCUUUUCAUUUUCAAUGGCGUCGGCCAGGGCAUCAGUAUCCUGACGACUGCAUCCCGCCUGACCUGGGGGUUUGCCCGCGACGGCGGUCUCCCCUGGAGUCGGUACCUGACGGUGGUGGAUCCCGCGUGGAAGGCUCCUGUGCGCGCGCUCUGGGCGCAGGGGGUAUUGAUUGCGCUCGUGGGCGUGCUCUAUCUCUUUGCCAACACCGUUCUCGAAGCGAUCCUGAGCGUCAGUACCAUUGCAUUGACCAUCUCAUACGCCCUGCCAAUUGCAGUCCUACUCUUCGUGGGCCGGGACCAGCUGCCGCCUGGUCCCUUUCGCCUCGGCCGCUGGGGAACAGCAGUCAACUGGAUCAGCAUUGUAUACUGUGCCAUUACCACGGUCUUCUUCUUCUUCCCUGGCUCGCCUGACCCAGCGCCAGGGGACAUGAACUACGCGAUUGCGGUGUUUGGGGUGAUGCUCGUGGUUGCAGUCGGGUUCUGGCUUAUACAGGGCAGUCGGACGUAUCUACAGACGGCGGAUGCGAUAGCGCAGCUGAUACUCGCCCAAGGAUUGGAAUUGGAACCGGAACCUGGGAAAAAGUCUGAUCAAUGA